AUGAAGGAGAAGUCGAAGAACGCCGCGCGGACCCGGCGGGAGAAGGAGAACAGUGAGUUUUAUGAACUGGCCAAACUGUUGCCGCUUCCGUCCGCCAUCACCUCCCAGCUGGACAAAGCCUCCAUCAUCCGGCUGACCACGAGCUACCUGAAGAUGAGGAUAGUGUUCCCUGAAGGCCUCGGGGAGUCCUGGGGUCACGUGAGCCGCACCUCUUUGAAUGGAGUCAACCAGGAACUCGGCUCCCAUCUCUUACAGACGUUAGACGGCUUCAUCUUUGUGGUUGCUCCGGAUGGAAAAAUAAUGUACAUAUCAGAAACAGCAUCGGUCCACUUGGGCCUGUCGCAGGUAGAGCUGACCGGAAACAGCAUUUAUGAAUACAUCCAUCCAGCAGACCAUGAUGAAAUGACAGCUGUCCUCACAGCACACCAGCCUUACCACUCACACUUUGUCCACGAAUAUGAGAUGGAACGCUCCUUCUUUCUGAGAAUGAAGUGUGUCCUCGCUAAAAGAAAUGCUGGUCUCACCUGUGGAGGCUACAAGGUGAUCCACUGUAGCGGCUACCUGAAGAUCCGUCAGUACAGCCUGGACAUGUCUCCGUUCGACGGCUGCUAUCAGAACGUGGGGCUGGUGGCUGUCGGUCACUCGCUGCCGCCCAGCGCCGUCACGGAGAUCAAACUGCACAGCAACAUGUUCAUGUUCAGAGCCAGCCUGGACAUGAAGCUCAUCUUCCUGGACUCACGGGUUGCAGAGCUGACGGGCUACGAGCCUCAGGAUCUCAUUGAGAAGACGCUCUAUCAUCACGUCCACAGCUGUGACUCCUUCCAUCUGAGAUGUGCUCAUCACUUGUUGCUGGUUAAAGGUCAGGUCACCACUAAAUACUACCGUUUCUUGGCCAAGCCCGGCGGCUGGGUCUGGGUUCAGAGUUAUGCAACCAUUGUACACAACAGCCGCUCCUCCCGACCUCACUGCAUCGUCAGCGUCAACUAUGUGCUCACGGAGACAGAGUAUAAAGGCCUGCAGCUUUCUCUGGACCAGGCCGCCACCAAGGCCUCCUUCCCCUACAGCAGCACCGCCAGCCUUACGGAGAACUGCAGAACGCCCAAGAGCAGAGUCUCCCGUCCCAAGACCAAAGCUAGGCUCUCUCCAUACACUCAGUAUCCUAGUUUCCAGACGGAGCGCUCAGAGUCAGACCAGGACAGUCCGUGGGGCAGCAGCCCCCUCACAGACUCCGCCUCCCCUCAGCUGCUGGAGCAGACUGAGGGCCUGGAGGCCUCCUGUGUGUACAGGCAGUAUCCUGAUCCCCGCACGCUCUGCUACAGCCUGUCAGAAGAGGACCAUCACAGCGCCAGCGCCGGCUACCCACACCUCCACACACGCGGCCAAGGUCAGAGCUGCGAGCCGCGCCGGUGUGAGGCAGGCCGAUACUUUCUUGGAGCUCCCCCUGGCAGGGACUCGUGGUGGGGCACCGCCCGCUCAGUGCUGCCGCUGAGCAAGAGCUCCUCGGAGAACUACGAAGGAUGUGACAGCAGCGCGCCCCACAUCACAGCUGUCCACAACUACAAUGGCCGGGGCCACUGGGACGAGGACAGCGUGGUCAGCUCUCCAGAUGGAGGCUCAGCCAGCGACUCUGGGGAUCGGUACCAGGCCGACCACUACCGCUGUAGCCCGCAGGAACCCAGCAAGAUCGAGACUCUGAUCCGGGCCACACAGCAGAUGAUCAAGGAAGAAGAAAGUCGAUUUCAGCUGCGCAAGGGCCCUCCUGAUGCACCGCUGGGGCCGGCCAACGGGCUGCCCAAGGGCCCCGGACCGUGCUUCACUCCAGAGUAUACUCAAGGGCCCCAGCCGCUUCAGACCGUGGUGUGUCGAGGUUUGAAUCAGGUGAUCAGCCCUGCUCGUAGUCCCGCUCCCCUGUCCAGGCUCAGCAGUCCAGGUCCUGAGCGCCUCCAAAAGCCCAAAGACUACCUCCAGACAGACCUGUCCCCCUUUCUCUGCCCUUGCACCACCCGUUUGGUCGUCGGUCCGUGCUCGGCUUCCCCCACCUCGGCCCCAGCCCUCUACCCCACACACACCCACCCACGGCCCUACUUGGACAAGCAUAAAGCCUACUCCCUGACAGGCUAUGCUCUGGAGAACCUCUAUGACCCAGAGAGCCUCCGGGGGGGCUACUGCACCUCUGCCAGCACGGCCCCCCCCCACUACGACGUGACCCCUCACCUCCGCAUGCCGGUAGAGCAGACCCCCGGACAUAAAGGCACCUCUGUCAUUAUCAGCAACGGCAGCUAA